AAGGUUUUGGUAAAUAUCUAGGGCUUCCUGACCAUAUUGGUAGAAGGCGUAAAGAAGUCUUUCAAUACAUCACAGAAAGAAUUAGAAAUAAGCUAGAUAGCUGGUACACCAAAUUUUUGUCUCCAGCAGGGAAAGAGAUCCUCCUAAAAGCAGUCAUCACAGCCUUACCAACAUACACAAUGUCUUGUUUUAUGCUCCCUAAAAUAUUGAUACAGGAGAUAACAAAGGCGAUGAGAAAUUUCUGGUGGUCCACAAGUCAAGACCGGCACUCUAUACCUUGGAUAGCUUGGAAUAAGGUAACUCUAUCUAAAAAAGAAGGUAGUUUGGGAUUUAGAGAUAUGCAAGCCUUUAAUAAAGCUCUACUUGCAAAGCAAGCUUGGAGACUUAUAACCCAUCCAUCUUCUCUAUUAGCUAGAGUUUACAAAGCAAAAUAUUUCAGAAACACAGAUUUCUUGGAGGCACGAAGCUAUCAGUCAUCAAGCCUCGCAUGGAGGAGCAUAAUCCAAACUCAGCCUUUAGUCCGUAAAGGAAUGCAUUGGGCACUAGGAAAUGGAGCACAUAUCAGAGUUUGGAAAGACAGUUGGCUGCUAGGAGGAAACUCUACUACCCCCAAGGGACCUGGUGAAACAACCCUCCUCAACCUUACGGUUCAGAAGACAAGCUUUAUUGGAGAUAUAGCAAGACGGGCUCUUACUCGGUCAAAUCUGAUUAUCACCUCCAAAGACAAAUAGAUAACGAGCAAGGGGAAUCAUUUAUGGAGACACAACACAAUGACCACAAUCAGGUUCAUUCCCCUUCCCAAAUACAAAUUAGAAAUCAGCUAUUACA